AUGUUAGCAGCAGUCGAUAAAGGGGGAUCACUGCAAAAAGUGGCGUUUCGUAAAGCGAAAACGUCGCCAAAAGCAGACUCGGUCCAGAAAGUCGUAAGUAAGAGCGCAGUGAUACGGAUGGGCGAAAUGAUGAAAAAGACGGAUCCACUACGAGAGGUUUCCCGAACUAAAAGCGCAGAAUCUGUACAGAUGGUGAGAAAAGCGGGUUCGAAAUCCGCGGAAAUUCCUAAAGGAGCAUUAAAAAGCACAGAACGGUCGCCACAGUCAUCAAUGAGGUCAGCUUUGUCUGUAGGGAGGGUACCGAGCACGUCGUCUCCUGCAAAAGCACAACUUCACACUGCAAAAGAACGAAGUUCCGACAAGGAACAGUCUCCUCCAGUUAAGGAACCACCACCACGAAGAGCGCGGUCCCCAUUGGUGGAUGAUGUAGCCACAGCAAGAGAGCGGCCUUCGAGGACGGCACGGUCUCCAUCAGUUGCGGAAGUAUCGACAGCGAGAGAGCGGCCUUCGAGGACGGCACGGUCUCCAUCAGUUGCGGAAGUAUCGACAGCGAGAGAGCGGCCUUCGAGAACAGCACGGUCUCCAUCACCUGUGGAAGUAUCGACAGCGCGAGAACGAUCUCUACCAACAGCCCGGUCUCCAUCUGUAGAUGUAGUGACAGCAAUAGAGCGAUCUCCUGCACGGUCGCCAUUAUCUUCAUCAAGCGAUCGAUCUUUGAGGGAAAUGAUGCCAAUGGAACCGCGAAGCAUUAAAGAGUCUCUAACGCUCGACAAGACUCCUGUCGACAUAAGUGAGAACUUGCAAGCAUUCUUGAGUAGAUCGUGUGUAUUCACCUGCAAGACGAUAUUCAUCUUGCAGGUGCAAGAAAAAGUGCAUCACUGCCUGCUAUUCGAACCUUUCGUUCAGAAGAACCGCCUACAAGCCAUUAUAAAUUUGUUUAUGUUAAAAUUAACUUAG